AUGCCAAGAAGUAUGGCCCCCCUCAAGAAGCCUCGAAAUACCACGAAGUUGCCCCUGGCUUUAAACCCCUUGAAGAGCAAGGACGUGUUGGCAGUGCUGGCUGAGAGGAACCAGGCUAUAGUACCCGUUGGGGCCUGGGUGGAGCCUGCCCCACCAGAUAGUUCAGAAGUCCCGGCAGCUACUUCAGCAUAUAUAAUUGAAGAAGAACUAAAGGAGCAGCUAAGAAAGAAGCAGGAAGCUCUGAAGCGUUUUCAGAGACAAGUCAAAAGCCGAGUAAAUCAGCAAAUUAGGCUGAGAAAAAAGCAACAACUUCAGCGGUCUUAUGAAGCUGCAGAGAAAGAAGGCUCAAUAGCCAUGUACUCUUCAGAUCUAGCACACUUAACUCCUAAAAGAACGAGCGUUUUUCCAAGCAAUUUGAAUGCUGCUAUUGGAAGGGCCAGAUUGCCUCCUCCCCACAUGCUUGAGGGUGGAAUAGAAGACAGAGAGAAUCAGAAUGAACUGUUCCAACAACAAGCCCAGGCUCUUAGUCAAAGCAUGAAACAAGCACGUCACCGGCUGGCUUCGUUUAAAACUGUGAAUCAGAAAGAUGCACCAGAGUUUCCAGAUGAUAGAAAGAAAAGCUUUCCCACCCAGGAGAAAGCACUUUGUAGGAAGCCAUCAUUUACCAGGAUAAAUAUAGGCGUAAGAGGAGAACUGCCCUUGGAGGUCCAUCAAGGUCUUUUAACUCCUGCAGAUUACCAGAAAUUUGUGGAUGAUCAGGAACUUGAGGAAUCUUCAUCUGUUAUGAUAGAUAAGAAAGGGAAAAAGCAUUUGUCUUGGGGGGACCAGGAGACUCUCUUUCCUGAAGACAAAGAUAUACCUUUCAGCAGAGUUCAGAAAGUACAAUUCAAAACCCCACUAUUUGAUGUGAUGGAAGAGGAAGAAGUAAAGCAAUUACAUCAGGAUGUUUUGCCAGAAACCCAGGAUUAUCUUCCAGAAGCCCAGGGGGAUUUGACAAGUGUCCUCGAUGUUGAGUGGGAAGCCCAGCGCUGUGAGCCAAGACUCAGUACCCAGCAUAUUGACCUGGAAGGCCACACUGUUGAGGCCAAAGCCCAGGCCAUUAAGAUAAAAACUAAGAGUAGUAUGCUGAAAGACACGACUGUUGGACUAGAAGAUGGGGAUAUUGCCUUGGAAGUGCAAGAUUUUCCACUCCAAAAUCAGACUUUUCUACCCACAGAUGAGCACAUUCUCCCCAAAGACCAGAAUGUUCUACCCAAAUGUCAGGACCAGGAUUUUCUACCCGAAGACCAGUGUGUUUUACCCAAAGACCAAUGUGUUCUCCCCAAAGACCAGAAUAUUCAACCCAAAUGUCAGGACCAGGAUUUUCUACCCAGCAAUCAGAGAGCAGAUUUGAAGCCGGCAGUAUCAAUGUUGAUAGGUAGGAGUCGGGGAGAGGUGUUUCCUGUGGAUAUCCAUCAGGAUCUUUUACACAGGCAUGAAGAUGAGGCCUUCAUCAGUGGCAAGAAGGUAUGCUUCAAGGAGACAUAUUGUGAUAUGAUGAAUGAGAAAGGAAGAAAAGAGUUUUCUCUGGAAAGUUAUCAAUAUCUGCCUCCUAAACUUCAGGACCAGGCCUCCAUCAGAGAUCAGAGCAAGUGUGUUAUGCAUCCCUCAUGUUUCAAGAAGUCGGAGCUUGGAAGAGGAAUUGCUUCUGGAGUGUGGUUGAGCUUAUGCUCCAUACAGCAACCAUGUGUUGGAACAGCUGAAAAACGGCAGGAAGAUUUGCUUCUGGAUGGGCAUCAGCAUCUUGCAUCCAAGCAGCAGAGAGAGGCUUCUAGCAGAAAACAGGUUGGUGAUGAGUAUCAGUCAAGAUUGAACACUGAAUUUCACACUCCCCUGGCACUUCAGUCUGGAGUAAGUCAAGAGGAAGACAAGAAAGAGCGUCAAAAGCAAUACCUGAGGUAUAGACGACUUUUCAUGGAUAUUGAAAGAGAACAAGUGAAAGAACAACAAAGGCAAAAAGAACAUAAGAAGAAAAUUGAUAAAAUUAAGAAAAAGAAAGAGCAGCAACGUUAUGCUGAAGAACAGAGAAUAUUAAGAAUGAACUCCCAUGAAGAGCCAUGUUCAGGGGAGAAGAUGAGUGAGAUGUUAGCCCAACUACAGCUUGAGGAAAUAAAAGGAGCCAGAGAAAAACAACAGCAGAAAGAAAAAGAAUACCAAAGAUAUGUAGAAGCUUUAAGAGCCCAGAUCCAGGAGAAAAUGCAACUAUAUAAUAUUACUUUACCUCCACUCUGCUGCUGUGGUCCUGAUUUUUGGGAUGCUCAUCCUGAUACCUGUGCCAAUAAUUGUAUUUUCUAUAAAAACCACAAAGCGUAUACCCGGGCACUACAUUCAGUCAUCAAUUCCUGUGACAUCCCUGAGGGGAACUCAGAUCUUCGAGUUGCCAUUCAUAAUUUUGCUUCUGCACAUAGACGGACUUUGAAAAACCUGUAAUAAGAAUCUGAAAUCAACCAUUAGUAUUUCAACCUACUUAAAAUCUACCCCAAGAGAUUAUUUUAGGAAAAACUGUCAAAGUGUAUAAGAUGUGUAAUUUGGAAAGACUGUCCCACACAAUUGGUGUCUUUUUAAUUAAAUCAUGACCAUUAUUUCACUCUCUGCUUGGGACCAAGAUUGAAAAUUGGCUUCCAGACUUGUCUCAUUACU